AUGGCCAUGAUUCUCCGACUACCCAAUGAAAUUUUGAUCGGAAUCGCCGAGUAUUUGGAUUGGGGCGAUCGCGUUCAAUUCUCGCGUUGCAAUUUUCGCCUCCACCAACUAAUUGCGCCAAUUUGCACCAAUUAUGAAUCAAUUAGUGUGAAAGGCAAUGAGAAAACGGAGGCAGUACUCGAGAAAUGGAUCGACUAUGGAGUUAAAGAUCACAACGCAGAGGAUGAUUUUGUUGCGGCGUUGGAAGAGUAUUCCGGAAAAUUCGUUAAUAAACUUGGGGUUCCUGAUAGCCAAGAAGCAAUGGACCACGUUAAACGACUUCUGCCCGUCUCGCUUACAAUAUUCCCGGCGACGGGACUCAAUCAGAAGCCGAAAUGCGAAACGAUUGAUAUUUCAUCGAUGCGAAAUCUCAAAAGUCUCAAUUUAUAUUCGGGAAAUGUCGAUUUCGAUAUGGUGCUGAGCUCGAACUUGGAGCUUUUCGCGCAGCAAUCGCAAACGGUUCACAUCAAGCACGAGCAAAUUGUCAGACUUGUCGAACAAUGGAAAUCCGGCCGCAAUUGGAGAAGCGUGCAGCUUCUUCUCGACAAGGACACCCCAUUCAGCAAUUUGCUGCUACCGAAGGCCGAAGACCCCGGCUAUCCGAAUCGCAACGUAAGGGUUAUUCUCGAAGAUCUCUACCACGAGACCAUAUUCAAUGAUAACGGCGUCGCCGGCGAGCUGUGUCGUCAAAACGAUCAAUUUUUCUUCCGAACUGACGUUUAA